GAGGGCCCUGGCAGAUGUGGGGUCUAGAAGAGGACAGGAGUUAUCAGGGCCUCCGGCCAUUGUGCUGGGCCUUUGCCUGUACAAUUGUUUCUCAAGCAGUUGUGUCCCUGUGGCUUUGGUGGGCCUGUGUGCACUUUCUCCCUCCACCUGGAGCAUGGGCUGACACCGGAAGAAAGGAAAAGACAGAGUCAGACAGGGAGCCUGGGGAGGGGCCAUGGUGCCAAUGCACUUACUGGGGAGACUGGAGAAGCCGCUUCUCCUCCUGUGCUGCGCCUCCUUCCUACUGGGGCUGGCUUUGCUGGGCAUAAAGACGGACAUCACCCCUGUUGCUUAUUUCUUUCUCACAUUGGGUGGCUUCUUCUUGUUUACCUAUCUCCUGGUCCGGUUUCUGGAAUGGGGGCUUCGGUCCCAGCUCCAAUCAAUGCAGACUGAGAGCCCAGGGCCCUCAGGCAAUGCACGGGACAAUGAAGCCUUUGAAGUGCCAGUCUAUGAAGAGGCCGUGGUGGGACUACAAUCCCAGUGCUGCCCCCAAGAGUUGGACCAACCACCCCCAUACAGCACUGUUGUGAUACCCCCAGCACCUGAGGAGGAACAACCUAGCCAUCCAGAGGGGUCCAGGAGAGCCGAACUGGAACAGAGGCGAAUGGCCUCAGAGGGGUCUAUGGCCCAGGAAGGAAGCCCUGGAAGAGCUCCAAUCAACCUUCGGCUUCGGGGACCACGGGCUGUGUCCACUGCUCCUGAUCUGCAGAGCUUGGGGGCACUCCCCAGAUUAGAGCCUCUGACUCCACCCCCUGCCUAUGAUGUCUGCUUUGGUCACCCUGAUGAUGAUAGUGUUUUUUAUGAAGACAACUGGGCACCCCCUUAAAUGACUCUCCCAAGAUUUCUCUUCUCUCCACACCAGACCUCGUUCAUUUGACUAACAUUUUCCAGUGCCUACUAUGUGUCACAAACAGUGUUUCUGCCUGGACAUCAUAAAUGGGGACUUGGACCCUGAGGAGAGUCAGGCCACGGUAAGCCCUUCCCAGCUGAGAUAUGGGUGGCAUAAUUUGAGUCUUCUGGCAACAUUUGGUGACCUACCCCAUAUGCAAUAUUCCCAGCGUUAGAUUGAGGAUGAGGUAGGGAGGUGAUCCAGAGAAGGUGGAGAAGGAAGAAGUAACCUCUGAGUGGCAGCUAUUGCUUCUGUUCCAGGUGCUGUUCAAGCUGUUAGAUCCCUUAGGCUUGCCAGCUUUGUGAGUUAUUAUUGAAAAAUGAGGAUUUCAAGAGUCAGAGGAGUUUGAUAACGUGCACGAGGGCACACUGCUAGUAAAUAACAUUAAAAUAACUGGAAUGAACUCCUGAUUCCAAAGCCUAUUGUGUUUUCAACACAAGGUAAUAGGAAGCCAAGCCACUUGCAUGUCUCCCAAUCCCUGUCUAGGGACAGCUGCUGGUGCAGGAUGGAAGACUUCCUAUAAACAGAAUGGGCGACCAAUUGUGUCUACAGAGGGGGUGGGCUAAGCAUGGGCACCAUGUCCCCAGCCUCCUGGACGAGCAAAGUCAGUCAAAGCUCUGGCGAUCCCUGCUCCGCGUGCGUAGCAGCGUCUGUGCCUCUCCUGCCCAGGGGCUAGAGAGCAGUCUCCAGUGCAGGGUCCCCAUCCUAUCUGAAAACAGUGGAGUCAGUGGCCCCAGGUGGAGGGACUUCCAGUUUUAACAGUGGGUUGGUAUGAAGGCCAGAAGGAGUGAACCGUGAGCUUUCUGGCGAGGAGACUCCCUCUUGAAUCAUCCAUAUGUAGCCCCGGGGCCACUUGCGAAGAGUCUCUAACAGCUUCUGCCUCACUCCUGCGCUCUGACCGCUAGGCUUUCACCCCAGCCGCCGGUCCUGAUUCCUGAGAUCCCAAUAUUGAGCACCAGGUUUCCUGGAAUUGUGUGCUGCGGCUGUGAUGUAGGUUUCGGCCGCUGGAAGCUGCUAAACCAUAGCUGACGCCCCCUCCUAAGCCAGCCUUCCUUCCCCGCGCGGGCAUCUGUCCAGGGCCUUGUCGCGCUCUCAGUCUCCUUCGCAGCCUGGCCCCGACCGUUCAACUUCAAUAAAGCAAAACUCCAGCCAC